AUCGCUAAAGAGCCACCUCCUCUGAGGGAAAUUCCACCUUCCUGCAACCCUCUCACUGCCGAGAUUAUUAAAAUGGGACUGGAGAAAGAGCCUAUUCAGAGAGCAUCUGCGUCGGAACUGAAAACGAAGACCAGUGUCGCGCUUGAAGAAGUGGGAGGUGUGACAAGCCCCUGGAAAGGCGAAUACAGAGAGCCCAGACAUUUAUCUUUGAACAAAGAAAACAAUCCUCAGACCUCCCUGUCCCCAACAGUGAGCCCCGUUUCUGCGACUGCUUCUGACCCAAAAUUGGAGGGCAAAGGCUCUUGCGCGAGCCCAGUCCGACUGCCGGCGUCUCUGGGACAAACGGAGGAGGUCGAGGGAAGCCCUUGGCCCAUGUGCAAGGAAUUAUGUGACACCUGGGAUCCUCCACCUCUCUCCUCGACUCCUCUGCCCCUGAAGAGCUGCGGCCACGCGGAGAGAGCAACAACCAUUUCGGAGCAAGAGCUGCAGCAGCUGGAGAUAGAACUGUUUCUGAACAGCCUUUCGCAGCCUUACUCGCUGGAAGAGCAAGAGCAAAUGCUUUCGUGUCUCAGCAUCGACAGCCCGUUUGUGUCGGAUGCCAGCGAGAAGAACUCCAUGAAGGCUUCCCAGAGCUUGAGGGACACGAUGAGCUCCGGGAUUCAUUCCUGGAACAGCCAGGCGGAUGGACAGAGCUUCAGCUGGAACAACCUCCUGACCCGCAGCCGGCACACGGACACUCCCAGCUAUUUCAACGGAGUGAAAAUCCAGAUCCAGUUGCUAAGCGGAGAAAAUUUGCACAUCAGGGAUUUCCACAGGACGAAGGUGGGAGACAUUGCCACGGGGAUAAGCAGCCAGAUCCCGGUCCCUGCUUUCAGCCUGGUCACUAAGGAAGGGAAGCCCGUGCGCUACGACAUGGAGGUCCCGGACUCGGGUAUCGAGCUGCAGUGCACCCUCGCCCCCGACUGCAGCGUCAGCUGGACGUGGCGAGUCAAGCACGGUCAGCUGGAGAACAGACCGUGA